GGUGCGGCUUUACCCACGUGUCCCCAAGGCUGAUAAUGGUUGAAUUGAGAGAGGGUUUUGUGAUUAGUGAGAGCAAGUGCUUGGGCGUAUCUCCUGGCAGAGACGAAUUUGAAAUAAUUUGUUCUUUUUGUAAUGGAUUGAUUGCCAUUUAUAACCUUAAUAAUCAGAGAUUCACGAAGAAUUGGAAACUAAGCCUCGCAGAGAAAUUAACAACACCAGCUGUCUAUGAUAAAAAAGAAAGUAGUUAUGUUGCAAUUAAAAAUGACAGAGAGAUUAUUGUAUGGAAGCAUGAGACAGAGUGGGUAUCAGAUUUUGUCGUUAACGAGCUCUGCUUUGAAAUUCAUUCUCUACUAUCCACUCCCACUUCCUGUGUGAUUGUGUACCGUAAUGGAAGUAUCAGUACGGAAAUUUUGAAUCCUAAGAAAUUAGAAUUUAACAGUAGACAUUUGAAUGUUUAUAAGGCUCUCUAUUCUUCAUCUUGUGAUUGCUUAUUAUUAAUAUAUGCUAUAUCUAGUUCUUUAUACCAAUAUUUGCUCUACCAGUAUAGUUCUACUGAUGACAAACUAAAGGAGAUAAUGACCAAUGAAAUAAAAACAGAAGAUAAUGGAUUUGGUGAAUUGGUUGCUGUGGAGAUACUGGGGAACAUCCUACUGAUGUCAUGGUCUAAAGGGAUUGUAUCGUGUACUGACCUAAAGUCUGAUCUUUCUUCAAUGACAGUCUUACUCUCUCCCUCCUCCUCUCUCCCCUCCCUUUUGACGACCAUCAAUGAUGAUUAUUUUGCUCUUCUCACUUCAACUGGUGAACUAAAAGUAUACAGUGCCCGAUACGGUACACUUCAGUGCACUUCUGGAUACUCUCAGGACACCUCAGUAGACUCUCAGGAUAUGCAAUGGUUGUCUUUUUGUCGUGGUUACUUGUUUGUGAGUAGUUCAAAGGGUCUCACUGGUUACCCUCUUGUCAUUGCUGGCCCUCUCUCUCUUGCGAUGGCCAUUGGAAGAAAAGAGAAACGAAAACUCAUUAAUUACGAGUGGAGCGAUGACAUUAAUCCUUCACCAAACAAGGACAUACCUAAUUUACGUAAAAUGUUAAAGAAAGGAUCCCGUCAUAUCCAGUCUUGGUCCUCUGACAUUACAAUACUCUCAUGUCUCACGCUUUUAGUGAGUGAGCUCUUGUCAGAGGAGGUGUGGUCUAAGAAAGAGCUGAUCCUGAUUGUGGAGGCUGGGAUUUUCCCUGUAAAUUUGGUGUCUUCGUUGAUCCAGCGCUCUUUACAAGAAAAGGAUUGGUCAUUACUAGUUUCAAUUAUGAAGCAUGUUGAAGUAUUCCCUGAGCAGUCACUGGUUGAUCUACUGAUUGCAAUUCUGGAUUUGGAUUGUGACACUGUUAGUUUAUCAAAGAAGUCCUCUAUAGAAAAAACCGAACUAUUAUCUCUCGCCCUCUCCCUCCUCAAGAACCAUGAGCUCAUGCAGCAACCGCUCACACAUUUAUCACACAAUCACAUCUUGAUAUUAUUGAAAUUUUUAAAAGAAAGACUCGAUACUCCUCUCCUUCCUAACAUAAGCACUUCUACUGCUAGUUCACCUUCCCCUAUUCCUUCUCUCUCUUAUUCUGAUGCUGUUGAUUGGCUAGGACUUCUAAUAGACACACACUUCACUAGUUUAAUGCUGGAGCUAGCUGAUAUCCAGCCACUCCUGGUUGACCUGAGGGUUUGCCUGGGACGCCAUGUGACGUUCAUGGCCAGAUUAGAUCUCCUUGGGGAGCUAGAGUGUGUGAAGGACAUUGUGUCUGCUGGGAAUCAAAAGAAGUCAUGGAACGUUAAAAUUGAUAGAAUAAAAGUUGACAUUUAAUGAUUUAUUAUUAUUAUUAUUAUUAUUAUUUAUUAUUAUUUUGUAAAUAGCGGAUUUGUUAAUUUGUAAUUGUUUUAUUUUCUUUAUAGAUUUCCAUGCACAUGUAUGCUAGCCUUUUUAA